AUGCGCUCGAUACUCAUAAUCCAACCCAACUCGACAAAGUCCAUGACCGAAGCCCUCGUGCCCUUGGUCGACUCAUUGCAAUUCCAAAAUACCACAUACGAGUACUUCACCGCGCCCUCGGGGCCCAAGAGCAUCAACGACGAGGACGACGCAGUAGAAAGCGUAAAGCACUGUCUGCCGGAGCUUGAAAAGGUUCUCGACAAGCACGACGGGUUCCUGGUCGCGUGCUACUCAAAGCACCCACUCGUACCCAUCCUCAAGGGCAAAGCGGCCAUCAAGAAUGGCCGCAAGGCCGUCACGGGGAUCUUCGAGGCGAGCGUGGGCACGAGUUUGCAGGCGAUCCACCCGGAGGAGAAGUUCGGGAUCGUGAGCACGGGGAAGGUGUGGGAGGGGAUUCUGACGGAGGCCGUGGUGGGGUUCCUGGGGACGAAGGGGGAGGAGGGUGGGGGGAGGUUUGCGGGCGUGGAGACGACGGGGUUGAAUGCUACUGACUUGCACGAUGCGCCGGCGGAGGAGGUGAGGAGGAGGAUGAAGGAUGCAGUGAAGAGGCUGCUGAGGAAGGGGAGCGUGGGUGCGAUUUGUCUUGGUUGCGCGGGAAUGGCGGGGAUGGACGAGAUGGUGCGGGAGGCGUGUGUGGAGGAACUUGGGGAGGAGGAUGGGCGGAGAAUAAGGAUUGUGGAUGGGGUGGUUGCGGGCGUGGCAUGGCUUGAAGGAGCCGUCAGAUCUGGUUUCUAA